GUUCCUUCAGUUCCCUGUUAAAGUCACUGAUGAUCACAGAGAUAAAAUGUCUGAAGCUGAAGUGUUGUACUCUGAUGUCAAGUUUAAAAGAGAGACAGGAAACAAUGAUGGGGGCGCAUCCUCACCGGCUGACACCACUUACUCUGAAGUCAGGAUCUUGAAGAAGCAGCCAUCCACAGAGAUCCCUGGUUCCCAGCAACAGUCUGUGUCAUCUCUACGAUCUAAAGUCACACCAGAGAGAGCGGCUGUGUUUGUUCUCAGCGUUCUCCUGGCAGCGUCUCUCAUCGCCCUCGGACUGACCUGGGACUCACGUUCAAAAUGUCCAGAAGGCUGGGAGCAUCAUGGAGGAAAAUGCUAUUAUUUCUCCACCGGUAAAUCAACCUGGACAGAGAGCAGAGAAGAAUGCAGACGUAAAGGAGGAGAUCUGGUUAAGAUAGAGAGCAGAGAGGAGCAGGAAUUCCUGGAGAGGAAGCUGAGAUGUACAAUGACUGAAGAUGAGGACAAGUUCUGGAUCGGACUGACGGACUCAGAGACAGAGGGCAGAUGGCUGUGGACAGACAGAUCAGAACUGGACAGCAGCUUGUCUUUUUGGUUCAACGGAGAGCCAGACAACUAUAAAGGGAGCGAUACUUUAGAAGAGGAUUGUGCGAGGAUGGGGGAGAGAGGUGGAACAACAGACCUGAAGUGUUGGUUUGAUAAAUCCUGUGAGGUGCCUCACAAAAGUAUCUGUGAGAAACCAUGACAACCUGAACAUUUAAACUGCCUCUGAAAACAGUGCAGCUUACUGUAAGAGUCGCUCAGCCUGUUGAACUUUCUCAGUGAGGGAUGCAGAACGGGGAGGAAAGUUGAUUUUACUAAAGCUCUUGUCUAAAUCAAAUAGAAAAAGUCCGGCUGUGCAAACAUUAAAAUGCAGAUUCUUGAAUAUGUUCAAAAGCUAAGGAAGGGAUCACAUGUAACAGAAGUACUAUUUCAAUAUUUCAUCUUGUUGAAAUCAUUUUGAUGCAAAUAAUGGCACUGAAUUUCCCCCCAAAACAUUUUGGGCUCUGGGUAAUGUGACAGCAUUUCUUAUUAUUUUCAAUUAUUUCCAAAUAAAACAAUCAUUUGAUUGAUUGAGAGAUGAAUCAGCAUAAUUAUCCCACAUCAUAAAAGUCAUUGAUGCAUUGUAUGUUUACAGAGUGGUAUUAUUACUUUUGUAUGUAUUAUUAUUACUUCCUGUUAAUCAACAUCUGGUUUCAGCAGUACUCAUAUAAACUGCUGUGUUUAAAUUCUAACGUAACAUCAUAUUUAAUAUUCUCUUCACGUUUUCAUUAGAAACUGUGUUUCUUAAAAAAGUAAAACAUGAGUACUUAACCAUUGAUGUGUACUUUAGUUAAAAAAUGACUUUUUACAGCUCGCUCAUCUGUAAAAAUAAACUCUUUUCAUUCAUUUA